AUGUCUCAAAUACCUCAAUAUAUAGUGGAUGCUCAUUACAGUGGAGAGAUCCUUAUCUCUGAUGAAAUGGGCAUUAUAUUCGAAAAUAUCGAUAUACGCCAGUUCAAAUUAAGUAGAAAUGCGAAGUUUGAAUAUUUGAGGGAGAGGAUACAAACAAGGAUGCAAUCUGGAGCUGUCUCACAAAUUAUAUAUCGAAAUGCUAUUAAUUUCGGUGUGAACCAGGUGAAAUAUGUUCCACUGAAAAUCCGAGAUGAUGAUGAUGUGGAAAUGAUGUUUUACAACCAUGAAUUAUCUGGGUUACAUGCGAUAGAUUUAUACAUAAAAUUUCAACUUUCUCAACAAUCUCAAAUCUCACAAGUGGCCAAUCCUAAUGAUGCUGAGCCCGUGUCCAUAAUUCCCGAGGAAGUCGUUGUCGAAGAUGACGAAGAAGAAGAGACUGAGUCACAAGCUGAUGAUUUAUUCACUACUUUAUUUGAAGACGGUGGAUGUGACGAGGCGGAUGCAAUCAACGAAACUGAACAACACAUUCCACUUGAGAAUGUCUAUUGUCCACCCGCCCACAUGACCACUCUGGAAACAGUUGGAGACGAAUCAUCCUUUCAAUGGCCCAAAAAUCCUCGUCUUCCGCUGGAGGAUGACAUAGCUGUUGGGAACCAGUUCAAAAACAAAUCUGACCGUGUCUUUGCGAUAUCCAGGUACCAUAUGAAACAUGUCGUUGAUUUCAGGGUUACAUGUUCUGACACGAAGAGAUAUAAAAUUUGUUGUAAGCGUAGUGGUUGCAACUUUCGUCUAGUGGCAUCCUAUAGGAAAAUGAGCGACCUAUGGGAGAUAGGAAUCAUGGAGCCCCCACAUAAUUGUUCAACGACCAUCUUUAAUCAGGAUCAUCGACAACUAAGCUCUCGACUGAUGAGUGAACGAUUAAUGCCUCUUGUUGAAAAGGAUCCCUCUAUCAAGUAUUACCUCCACUUCAUCGUUGAAAUUACUGUAGCCACCAAAAUCAUUUGCAGGUGUUUGCUGCCUGAUUUUUUCGAGUCCUACUUAAGAUCUCGUGCUCGACUAUAUUGGUUAGGAGUAUUGAAUGCCUAUAGUGCGCGAUGGAUUCGCUUAGGUGCCAAUGGCCGUGCCGUUCCGUCACACAUGGGUGACUCGGCUGAAACGACUGCAAUAGUGAGAUUGAAUUCAGAACAACGCCGCAUUAGAGUGGCUGCUUCGGCCGCGUCUGCCGUAAAUGAUAUUACCCUUAUGUUUUUAAGGAUAACAAGGUUAUUUUAUUGA